AUGGUAGCAGUUGUCCAUCUCUCAGGACAACCGAUGAAUAGAUGCAGGAAUGGGGAAGCAAGCAAAUGGGAGAGGAAGGAAUAUGAUGAUAAGCAAAGAUUGAAACAAGAUUUUCUUGGAGGAAGUGAAGGAAGAAUGGAAAAAAAAAGGGAGGGCGAAGAAAGAAGGAAAGAAAGAAAGGAUGAAUGA